UACCUCUCGUGCUGUUUCUUCGAAAAUUAAUCAACGGACCGGAGACGCGUCAAAUCGCUGUCAACUCUCAACGGCUGUGAUUGAAAACCUUGUUUUACCACUAACUGCUUUUCUUUACGAGUACCAGGAGUACCGUUUACAAUACGUACAGAAGUUGGAGUUACAUUUCAAGACAUUUUUAAAACUUGAGAAUAUUCCAGCACACGGAAACGCCUGGGGUUUAUCGAGUUACCUCAGACUUGUUUGAGGUAAAACAUCUUAGCUACAUUGCUAACAAAUUAUCUCAACACUUUCGGUACAUCCUGCUGUUCGGGACAACAAACAAAACAAACAAACAAACAAACAAACAACCAGGACGGAUAUUUCUAAAAAGUUUUUGAGUCGGUUCUUGAUACAUUUUUUUUGAGUCGGUUCUUGAUAAUUUUUUUGUCGGUUUUUGAUAAAAUUUUUUUGAGUCGGUUCUUGAUACAUUUUUUUCCCCGAGUCGGUUCUUGAUACAUUUUUUGAGUCGGUUCAUCUGCUUCACUGUUACUAAAACUCCACAUCUCAUGAGAGAGUAAAGCUUUUUUCAGAUUUUUUUUUUUUUUGGAGCUGGAUGCAGAUAUGAGUUUUCUCCGGUACUCAGGACCUUCAUACACGCUGAUAUUAUUGAUUUUGCUCAUGCAUGUGCUUUCAAGUGCUUUAGGAAAACGACACCUGGUCUACUGGAACUCCACCAACACCAGAUGGAAAAGACAUUAUGCCCGUGCUGGAUGGAUGGAGGCGAAGACAAGGAGGAAAAGACAUUAGGCAGAGAAGGGGAAAGAAGGUGGAAGGUGGCAGAGAAUGAGUGAACAGCUUUCGGGUUCCCUAAACUGCAAGGGGAAAGUCUCUAGGGAGAAGGGGACGAGGUUAACCGGUGAGGACUUCUCAGUCGAAGUAAAUCUGAACGAUUACCUGGACAUCCUGUGCCCUUACUACCCAUCUGGCCCUCCUGAGCAAGGCCCUCCAGAGACGCUGGCGCUCUAUCUGGUAACGGGGCACCAGUUUCAGGGCUGCCGUGAGACCGAAGGGGCCAUAAAGAGGUGGGAGUGCAACUCUCCAUACUCAGCCUACGGCCCUGUCCGAUUCUCAGAGAAGAUCCAACGCUUCACACCCUUCUCUCUGGGCUUCGAGUUUCUUCCUGGACACCACUAUUACUACAGCUCCCUGUCUAUGGAUGAUGGACCCCCCCUUCCAUGCAUGAAGCUCAAAGUCACUGUGUCCAGUACAACAACUGGAAAAAAGGAACAAGGACAAGGAACUCCAGCUCCUCACAGUUUUGCCCAAUCGAGAAGAACUAGUGCAGUGCCUGUCCUCGCUCUCACCUCCUUUUCUCUUUUUUGUUUUUUAUGAUAAUUGGAAGAUUCGACCCAGCUAAUAGCUAUGACAUGCCAACAGGUCAUGUGGGAUCAUUCCCUGUCUGUAUCUAAGCACACACACACGUUCACACACUCGUUCAGCUCACUUGCCUUGCUGUCAUGUAUUCGGAGUGGCACUAAUCUCUCUCCCUCCAUUUCCUCUCUCUCUUUCUCUCUCUCUUGCUGUCCACUCUGCGCCGCUUCAUUCUACAAGCGACUGGCACUAAUCUACCUUCAAAGACCUCUUCCUGCUGCUCUUCUUUUGCGUAAUCCUUUCUUCAUUUAAAAAAAAAAAACACACACACACACACACACAGCUGCCACCGCAUCCCCCCUCCUCUUCUUUUUCCCCUCCAACUGCAGCUUUUCUCUUACUGUACACUACUACUGAACUGAGCCAAAGUGGAGAAGACAAGGAGAGCGGUGGACGUCCCUGUAGCACCUGUGCUGCUAAGAAAAAGUGCCGGGACACGGCACAAGCAAUAAAGCUCUCAGCUCAUUCAUCAGCUCUCAGGAUCACAGAAGAAGACUUUAUUUCACCCGCUUUCCACCACGGACGAACUGGAGCCAAAGCAAAACACCGUUACACUCAAAAUGAAUCAUUUAACACGUUAAACACCAGAGAAAUCUGCGAAACAAACGUGUGCCAUUUUCAUUUAGAACACACACGGGAGGAAAAGAAGCUCGAUCCAAGCUUUAGACACUCGUUUGACUAACAGGAAGAUGAUUUACAGCUUCCUGUCCAGGCUUAGCCGGAAAUGAUGACCGACCACGGCGCGUUGGUCUCGUCUCAGCAACAGUGUACUUGAUUGGACGGUUUAUUUCACAGCAUCGCUAACGGAUUGGUCCGUUCAUGUCACCGCUGCUUUCGCAAGAUGAAGAUGAUUGGACAGUUUCCUGAGCACGUAAUUCAAAUGAUUACAUUUAGGUUAUGUUAUUUUUUUUAUUUCAUUUUGUUUCAUUUUAUCUACAUUCAAAGAAUUGUGUACUGGCACCAAUUCAUUUACUAUACAGAUAUCAAAUCCAUUGUUUUGUUUUUUUUUACUUUUUGUAUGAGAGAAUAUGUUGAAUUUUAAAAAUAAGUCCGAACAUUCUGUACGCUCAGAUUCUGCAGAAAUAAUACAGACCUGCAGUGAUUUAUUAUUUUUAUUGGAAAUAUUACUUUUAUUGAAAAGUAACAAAUUCUGUUUAAAUUCACUUUAAAAAUGAUUGUUUGGAAAAUUAUAAAUCUUCUGAAACUAUACAAACUAAAUAUGUUUGGUUAUUUUUUUUCUCAUUGUAUGAAAUGCAAUUUAUAUAUAUGAAUCAAGUUAUUGAAGGUGCCAGUGCAUUAAAAAAAAAUUAAAUCAAUUCCAAAUGAACUAUGUCAGUUUACACAGAAAUAAUGUGUGCUGGAUUUCUCAUAAUUUAGGGACUUUGUCUCUUUUUGUUCCUCUGUAUAAUUUGUGUUUUUCACAUUUUAGUGAAGAGUUUGGUGUCUUCUGUGAAGAAUUACAGGUUUAACCCUUUUUUGUACUGUGAAAUAAACGUUGCUGAGUAAA